UUAUAAAUUGCGAAAAAUGCAGCCGCUGGAAUCAAAGAUUGACCCAAUCUUGCACAACGAGGACAUUAAUUCAUUGAGUUCUUUUUCCCUGUCGGAAGUUGGAAGCCUUUACUUUGGGCCAAAUCCCUCUUCCGAAGCCCAGCGACUAUUAGAGCAGGCAAAAGAUCUCUUACGAGAAAACGAACGGAUUCAAAAUGAAAAAAAAAUCAUCUUGCAGGAUGAAGCUGAACUACGCAGCAGAAAAGUUAAUCUUAAUUCUGAAACUUCAACAGACAAUGUGCUUUAUCCCAGCUCAGAGCUACACAGGUUGCUGGGUGAAACCAUGACUCUGUCAGAAGAGGGUAAGCAGAUAGAUCUACGUAAGGCACAGCUACAAUUAUACUACAAGGAGCUGAAGAGGCGCAAAGAGUUUCUUCAGAAUGCUAUUAAAAUAUAUGAAGAGAGUGAAUUAGCUCAGCGCCAUUCAUUUUCCUCACAAUCCAACGAGCUCAACAUCAGAAGUGUAGAAUUUGAUAUUCAACAUUAGCUGGAAAUCUGUAAACCCAUUAAUUGCGCUGCAUCACAUGUUGAGAUGAUGACCUAAUUUUAGCAAUUUGAUACAUAUUCUAUUAAAUAUUAGAAUGUGGAUAAAUAUUAGAAUAAAUAUUUUGGUACUGCCUAUAUUUGCCAUCGCAAUCAUGAUAUGAGGUCUUCAACACUGAUUGGUGUUGGAUGGUUUGACUAUUUGAGUAACUUAAUUUUUUAUACGUAUCUCAUGAGCCAGGAAAU